UUCUCCUUCACUGCCCUAAAAUCCCACCUCCUCUCUCCUCGUUUCGGGCCUUCAUGUCUGGCGCUCGCGAAAAAGGAAAAAGAAGAUAAUUGCGAUUCCAGUUUCCUGAUUUAACUUGGAGAAAAAAGCCCUCAAAAGCUGGGUGCAUCAAAAGCCUCAGACCCCCAACGUCGCAUCACUACAGAAAGGAACGAAGUAAAAACCCACCGUCCAUCUCCCCUUACUUACUCCGCAUCUUCCUCUCUGUCCCUCGCGCUUUUCGCUUUCUUUCACCGCUUGCCCAAAACCCUAAAGCCGGAGCGCAGAGAGAGAGAGAGAGAGAGAGAGAGAGCUUUUUCCUCCGGUCACCGUCUCCGGCGUGCUGUUCCCGGGAGCCAGGCUUAGCCGAGGGGGCGUUCCGAAGUGGGUAGGUUUCGCUCAUGGGAUGCAGCAACUCCAAGCUCGACCGCCUCCCCGCCGUCUCCCUCUGCCGCGACCGCACGAAGCUCCUCGAGGACGCGCUCCACCGUAGCUACGCCCUCGCCGACGCCCACGUUGCCUACCUCCACUCCCUCCACUCGGUCGGCGCCGCCCUCCGCUGCCUCUCUGAUCAGAGCCCCCGCCAGACCGACGGCGGGAGGUCGUCGAAGCCGCCCGCUCGCGUCGCCGCCGCACCGCCCGAUCACUCCCCCUCCUCCUCCUCCGGCUCGACCUCCUCGUCCGGCUCUCACAUCCACUUCGACGACUCCGAGGACGAAGACAACGAUGACCACAUCAACAACAACGUCACGAGCUCGACCGCUCCUCUUUUGGGGAGCGAUGCCCGCGGUGUCGGCGAGCAAGACGAUUACUACAACCCCGAAUCGUUGAAUCCGUUCUUCGAGAAAUUCGUGUCGAUCAGUUACAUGAAGAGUCAGCCUGCUCAAUCCAUUACUCACACUCUUCCGGUUUACGAUCAUUACAACGACCAUAACGAGACCAGUCAGACCUAUUAUUAUCGUUCUUCGCAGCACGAUGGCCAUUUGGUGCCGAAAGCGCCGCCGCCCCCGCCUCCUCCGCCGCCCCCAACCGACUCGACGUGGGACAUUCUGAAUUUCUUCGACGGGUACGACGGAUACGCAGAGCCUGUUGCUAGUCACAACAGAUCGAAGGAAGAGAGCAAAGUUCCGAAGGAAAUCACUCAUGGAGAUCAUGGAGUUACUGUUGAGGGAAUGGAAGCAGGACAGAGGGAGCACGUAAAGAGCAAUUACUACGUUAAAGUGCCUUCAGUUUCCGUGUCGGAGAAAGUUGAACCCAGAGAGAGGUGCAGUUAUUCUGCUGAACCGAAAGAUGGAGAAAGCGGAAGAGACGUGUCCGAGAUCAUCGAAGAAGUUGAAUCUCUCUUUAAAGCGGCUUCGGAGUCCGGCGACAAGGUCUCAAGACUGCUCGACCUCGCAAGGUUUCGUUACCACCACAAGAACGGCGUCUACCAAGCUCCAAGCAAGACAACGUUGCAUGCGAUAGCCACGUCGCGAGCAAGCCUCGCUGCGAAAGCAGAGGGCGCAUCUGCAAAAGGGGAUGGGGACCGAGACGCGGAUGCGGUGGUGGGCUCGCCCGGGAAUUUCUCGGGCACCUUGAAGAAGCUGUGCAUGUGGGAGAAGAAGCUCUACAGUGAAGUCAAGGCUGAGGAAAAGUUGCGCGUAAUGUAUGGGAAGAAGUGUAGGGAGCUGAGCCAGAUGAGCAACAAAGGCGCCGAGGCGGGUAAAAUCGAAGCGACUCGGGCCAUGACCCGAGCAUUGUCCACAAAACUGCAGAUCGCAAUUCACGUCAUUCACAAGAUUUCCAUCAAAGCGAACAAGCUCAGGGACGACGAGCUCUGGCCUUGGAUCCAGCAGCUCCUUCAUGGAUGGUUGGAGAUGUGGAAGUCUAUGGAAGAGUGCCACAGGGGUCAGUGCAGGGCAGUUGCGAAAGCAAAGAACUUGGACUCGAUUUUAUCUACCCCGAAACAAAUUGAUGCGGACCAUCUUCAGGAGCUCGUCCAGAUCAAGCUUGAGAUUCAGAACUGGACCUUAUGCUUCUCUAACUGGGUCUUUGCCCAAAAGGGUUGCAUCAGAGCUUUAAAUAGCUGGCUCACGCGGUGCCUUCCGCAUGAACCGGAACAGACACCAGAUGGUGUCGCCCCCUUCUCCCCCGGCAGAAUUGGAGCGCCGCCAGUUUUCGUGAUCUGCAACCAGUGGUCACAAUCUCUGGACAAGCUAACCGAGAAGAAGGUUGUCGACGCGAUGAAAGAACUUAUGUCGACCGUCAAUAAGAUCUACGAGCAACACUUCGCGACAUUGCAGCAGAAAAUGUCAGCAGAUAAAGAAAUGGAGAGGAAGGUUAAGUUAAUAGAGAGGACGGAGCAGAAGAUUCACAAGGAGAUGCAAGCCAAGGACCAAUCUGCGGUAUUGAAGUUUCGGGAAGAUUCUGCUGCUCCCCUAAGCGCUCGAGGUGGAGUUACAGCUGGGAGUAGCGUGCAGUCAUGUCUCAAGCACAUAUUCAAGGCCAUGGAGAUUUUCUCAGCAGAUUCCGUGAGAGCAACUGAAGAGCUAUGUACACGUGCCAAAGAAUACCCGAGUUCUCGACAAAGCUCGAAACGUUUCUGAUCAUAAAGCCUCGCAAUGUCCCUCUAUUUGGAGAUCUUUUUUUUUCUGAGGAAAGGACCAAGUGAACAAAAAAACAUGUAUUCUUAUUGCAUGCUUGUAGCUACCCUGACAUAAUAAAGCUCGCAGAGAGCAAUAUUUAUGAUGCUCAUGCUUCAAUAAUAUACAGAGUGAUAUGGGGAAGAGAUGCUUUUAUGAA